AUAAACUUGUAUCGUUUGUAAAAUUGCAGGAUUUUUUUACGAUGGCGUACAAUUAUUUUCUAUGAUAAAUUCCUAUCGAAUUAAGUCGAAUUUAAUUAAUGUAGAAUGAAAAUAAUGAUAUGAAAAAUUAACAAUUUACAAAGACUGGUAUAUAUUUAUUCAGUCACGUUAUGAUGUACACGUUAUAUUAUAAAAAAAAAAUUUUAUACGAUUUCCGUGCGGUUUUUUGUAUGGACAAAAAUCAUGUUUUUCUUUUCCUUUUUUUCUUCUUUUUUUUUUUCCUUUUUCAAGCACAACUUUUAAGUAUUUCCUCGGUCGAUCAUUACAUUUUCUUUUAUUGGAAUAUAGAAAAAUAAAAUUUAUCUUGAUAUUAUCAGAAAACGUGUAUUUACACGAUCGUCGAUAAUAAUGGUCAAUAUUCGAGGUACGUACUUAAAAGAAUAAUGAAUGCUUCUACAAAACUUAUAUAUAAUAAUAUUUUGCAAAUAUAUUUAUUUAAAUGGAAAAUAAAAUGAGGAUUGACCGAAAUGAGGAUUUUGAUCGUAAUUGAUCCGAAAAUUUUCAAAAUUUGAAUAACCUAUAUAACGAAUAAUAAUAAUAAUAAUAAACGAAACAUGAUACUAUAUCAGAUCAUAUUUAAUCUGUACAUCUAUUUGAAAUAUCAAUGAUAACAAUGAUAUUUUUCGUCGAUAUUUUACGGCUAAUCAGUUCUUUGCUCGUUGAGUUUUAACUAUCAUCGUUUUUUUUUAUAUUAUUAUUUAUUUUUUUUAUAUAUAUAUGUAUAAUACAAUUUGUUUUUAGCUCUUAUUCGAAGAAAAUAAAAAAGAAUAUAUUUGGAAAUCGAAAAACGACCAUGGAGAAUCCUGUGAUAAUUAAAGAAAACGCCGUCGCGUUUAAAGAUAAAGCUAUGUAUGGUUAUGGAACAAGCAUACCACCUAAUAAUAAUGAAUCCGAAGAGGAUAUGUCGUCGAAGAAAGUGAUAUUUUGCGUUCAUGGAAAAUUAUCGGGUUGUUGUACCGUUGUCAAAGGAAUCGAUGAAAAUAUAACGAUGGAUUAUCAACAAAAUUCAUCGAUUCUACCAGAGGAUCAUUGUCAUCGAGAAAGAAAUGGGGAAGUAGAUAAGAAAGCUAGGAAAAAGCUUUUACUUGCUAGCGGACUAUGUGUUAUCUUCAUGAUAGCUGAAAUAAUUGGUGGUGUUCUCUCAAAUAGUUUGGCCAUAGCUACAGACGCAGCACACUUGCUAACCGAUUUCGCAUCAUUCAUGAUUUCUCUAUUCUCAAUCUGGGUCGCAGGAAGGCCUGCAACAAGGAAAAUGCCAUUCGGUUGGUAUCGUGCGGAAGUGAUCGGUGCAUUAACGUCGGUCCUGUUGAUAUGGGUUGUCACUGGGAUUUUAUUCUAUUUAGCCGUAGAGAGAAUAAUUAACAAGGAUUUCGAGUUAGACGUCACGGUGAUGUUAAUUACCUCUGCGGUUGGUGUUGCGGUAAAUCUAGUAAUGGGCUUAAGUUUACAUCAACAUGGUCAUAGUCAUGGUGGACAUAGUCAUCACGAGCACGAUGAUCAUAAAACGAAAAAGUUAACGGACGAAGAGAUGUCUCAUAAGGAUGAUCACGAUAGGAAUAAUAUUAAUGUUCGUGCUGCAUUUAUACAUGUCAUAGGCGAUUUUAUUCAAAGUAUAGGCGUUUUUAUCGCCGCAUUAGUUAUUUAUUUUAAACCAACAUGGACCAUAGUUGAUCCAAUCUGUACGUUCCUAUUUUCGAUAUUAGUCGUGCUCACGACAGUGGCAAUCAUAAAAGACGUUAUGAACGUGCUCAUGGAAGGAAUGCCCAAAGGAUUUGAUUAUUCUCAAGUUGAGAAUACUUUCAUGCAGAUAGAAGGCGUUGUGAAAGUACAUAAUUUGAGGAUUUGGGCUCUUUCACUCGACAAAACCGCUUUGUCAGCGCAUUUAGCGAUCAAACCUGGUACCAGCCCACAAAAUAUUCUACGUAUGGCCACGAGAAACAUUCACGAAAGUUACAAUUUCUUUGAGAUGACAUUACAAAUAGAAGAAUUCAACGAGCGAAUGGAAAACUGUGAACAGUGCAAAGCUUUGUCUCAAUGAAUUAACGUCAUUGUUAUAGUUAAUGCCGUUUUAUCGUUUUGUAUGACGAGCUUCGACAUCUAUGAACUCUCCUUUUUUGUCUUCUCUCCUUUUUUCUGUUUCCUUUCUUUUAUAUAUAUAUAUUUUUUUUUUUUUUUUUUUUCUU